CCACGAGCCGGAGUGUGACAAUAGCAUUAUCAUACCAAUACACCAUUCAAGCUUUAGCCAAUCAGAGCGCAACGCUUUCACUGCGCCGCACGAGCUGGAGAGUAUAAAAGAGGGAGGCUGCGGGUUUGAAAGCACUUCUGCUCCCUUUCGGAUUUACUCUCCGACUAAACUUACUAAAGCUCUUCCUUUGCGGAAUAUUUUCAUCAUCUUCAUCAUGACUCUUGAGGAGGUUCUGAUCCAGAAACCCGCCGAGCGUGCUCAGUGCACCGGCAAAGCCCUGGAGGAGGUCCUGGUGUCCGCUAAAGACAACGACUCCCUCACCGUCGGUGUCUACGAGUGCGCCAAAGUUAUGAAUCUUGACCCGGACAGUGUGUCUUUCUGCGUCCUGGCCAUGGAUGAGGAGUUUGAGUGUGACAUCGCUCUGCAGAUCCACUUCACCCUCAUCCAGUCCUUCUGCUUCGACAACGACAUCAGCAUCGUCAGAGUGAGCGACAUGCAGCGUCUGGCUGAGAUUGUUGGUGACAAGGCAGAGCAACAUGAAGAUGCCCACUGCGUCCUCAUCACGAACCCAGCUGACGGGUCUUGGGAGGACCCUGCUCUGGAGAAGCUGCACAUGUUCUGUGAGGAGAGCCGCCGUGUGAACGACUGGGUUCCUGAGAUCAACCUCCCCGAGCGUUGAUCUGGGACUGGGCUCCUACUCUUGAUCAGAUGCUGUAAAGCUUCUUACCUGGAAAUACUCAUCCUGAUGAACAGGAUGACCCUGUUUCUGCUCAUCCCUGGAUACUCCUGAGGAGGAUUCCCGUCCAGGCAGCGCGGCGCCGGCCCGAGGGGGCCCCCCCGUGAACCGUCGCCUCUUGUCCCGUCCAUGCCAAGAUGACUCUCAUUCUUUAUGUGAAUGAGGUCAGGUAUGCCACAAGAGCGACCCAUCGACCCUCAUUCUUUGUGCGGAUGAGGUUUGGAGAGGAAGGAGAAGCGAGUUCUGCAUCCUGUGGUUCCACAGAGCAGAUAUCGCAUCGUGAAGCACGCGCAGCAGGAGAAGAAGCGGUGCUAAGAAGGAGGCACUCUUAAAAAGGGACUUUUUAAAGAUGUCCUCUUUGCUGAGCAACAUGACAACAGUUGCAAUCAGCUGAAAUGUUUCCCACUUUCCAGAAUUGUCUUAAUUCUCUAAAGGUUUCACUUUAGAAAUUUAACAAUGACAAAAAAUAUUCUAAAACAUAAAGAAGUCUUUUCUCUAAAGGUUUCACUUUAGACAAUGGCUAAAUUAAAUUAAUGUUAAAAAUGAUGAGAAUUUGUAAGAUUAUCUUAUAAACAUUUCGUUAUGUACUGAAGGCAGAAAUGUUUAAAAAGGAAAAUACUUGACUUAUGAUGUUGUGAUCCUGUUGGAAAGAAACUCAUUUAUAUUUUUCUAGCAGUUCACAUUGGAAAUUGUUGGACGUUGUAAGUGGAAAAUGCUCAAUAAAACACAAAAAGAUCAUA